UUGACAGACGGGACAAAUGGGGAAAAGAAAGGCUUUUGUCUGCCGUAACUUAAUAAAGGCUCCGGUUCAUUAUGCAUUAUUAACUAGAGAGGGACGUAACGGCUCUGGUAACGACGUGAUGCCUGGAGGGGACAAAACAAAGGAGUUAUUUACUAGAAAUUGGGUCAGUGUCAAAAGCUUUCCAUAAUUAUCCAACAAGGUAAAAAAAAUGCUGGAAGAAUUAUCCGGAGUCGUUCAUCCCGAUACCACAAAUACAGCCGGCGAUAACUGGGCUCCUCGGCCUCAAAGCGAUGAAAAGCUUUACAAACCAAAGCCUCCCCAACGCCACCAAAGCCCAGAGAUGGCAGCUAAAGUACACGAGAGAUCACCACCUGAGGAAGAUAGAAAUGCUGCAGAAGUGGCUCCAAUGGAAGACUCUCAGCAGCUGGACUUCACAGCUUACCUGCGAUUUGAUGAGCGUGGGAUGGUUCUACCACACAGCAUCCUUGGCAGCUUAGAGGAUUUUCACAGUUAUUUGGAGGCCAGAGGAGAGAAAAAUUUGUUAAAGCAAAUCCCAGAGCCUGUGAGAGGCUCUGCAUCUGGGGCUAGGAGGGGGCCUCGCAGAGACACCGCAGAAGGGGGCCCCGCACAGAUACCGCUGAAGGUUUCACACCAAAGAAGCUCCCAGACUAAUGCUCUGCAGCGUUGGGAUGCACACAUGACAAACCGCAGACAGAAGCAGGAAGAGUUAUCUUACUCCCUCAACAGGCCUGUGGAAAACCUGGUGAUGAAUCAAGCCAAACAUUUCAGAGACACUCAGGAGCGGAGGGAGAUUCUAAGCCGAGUGAUACCGCUCACCCACUCUGGAUAUGGUUAUGGCGUGGGCUGCGAGUUUUGGAGUCUCCCGCAGCGUAUCGGCGAUGAACUGAGCGGUAUUACAGCAACGCUGACUCAGACCGAGCGAGGCCAACAGAAUCCCAACACAUAUGUGGGACAUCCAAGUAGCAUACAAAUGGAAAUGGGAACCAUUUCUACCGGGGCUGAGAGUACUGCGUCUUGGGCUUGGGGUCAGAGUGCGUACCUGCAACAUCGGUCCCAGGAACUUCAAGAUAUCCUGGAGGACAUGGGCAUCAGAAAGCCAGAUAUCAGUAAACUGGAGGUGAUCGGUACCGCAGGGCCGCUAACUUCUUCGCCAGAACAUCAGAGUCUCUUACUGCAGAAGGAAAAGGAGGAGAAGCACGAUGAGAUGAAAACUGAGAAACUGGACACGCCUGCACAAACGGACUACGAUCAAUUAAAGGCUUUGCCUUUUCCCGCCUUGAGGAUUCAUGGUCAGCUCGCUACCUGGACUGGAGACCCAACGUCUGACAAGGGAGAAGUUGGAAUCAGCACAUCUGUAUUCUUCGAAAGCCAGACCGGAGAAAUUGUCUCAACUGACCUGGAGCUGCACAACGAAGGCAGCACAGUCAUCUUCUACAGGUGGCACAAGCCUCCAGUGCCACAGUGUUUUUCUUACUUGUCUUCACCAAACACCAGCGUCUACUUCUACUUCAAAUCCGCCUCCGGUGUGAUCCGUCCUGGGGAAACCCAGCGGGUGGAGUUCAUAUUCAAGUCAGAGGAGCCAGGUCUCUGGACUGAACUUUGGCAGCUUAGAACCCAUCCUCCGUUGUUGCAAGGAGCCUCGAUUCAGGUCAGGUUGAGUGGAAAGGCCUUCAAACAGGACAAAACUGCAGAUCAGAGGUGCUUCUUAGAGAACAAGCUGGAAAAGGCUGUUGUGGAAAAACUGUGUCGAUCGAUUAUGGUUGAGGUAGUAGGGAGGCUCCACACCCCUGAAAGGCCCAACUCACCUGCAGAGCUUUAUAUCACUGAGGAGCAGCUGUUCCAGAACACAAACCCCAAGUUGCAGUACCAUUAUCAGCCAGUAGAGGACCUAAAGACACUGUGGCACCAGGUGAAUCCGGGAGCCAGCUGGGAUUUCUCUGUUGACACUCUUCGACAGGCUGUGCUGUCCCUGCCUGAUGCCGAACCUGUCAAAGAAGAGAGCUUCUCCCAGCUCAACUCACUGUAUCUGCAACUUUCUGAACCGGCUGAUGUACAACACCAUCUACUAACGCCUCAAAUUAUAGGGCGGCAGCUGUGGAUAAAACUUCUGGACCUCAUGGGUGAUGAAGCCACGAGGCUAAGAGAUGUGAUGGGCCUUCCAGACAAAGAAACCUGGGCCGAUGUGGCUACUCCGUCGCCCACAGACGAAAAGGUUCAGAACAAAAGAGAGGAGAAGAGCGGCAGCCUACUGGAGGAGAGCAAAAUAAAGGGGAGGAAAAAGGAUGACGCAGGGAAGCGUUCCAGAGAAAAGCAAGGGAAGGACUCUGACUCACUGGCUGAUUUUGGUUUAGAGAGCACCAUGGAAAUCCAAAGCGUACACCCAGAGACCAUCCUCACCUACACAAGAACUUUGCAUAAAAAGGUUUAUACUUGGAUGGAGGACCUCGUGGACAACCUGUGCGACCUGAUGGAGGACGUUCAUGUGGGUGAUGGCGGACACAACACAAACUGUUGCGCCUAAAGAGGCAGGCUCAGAAACAA